AUGUUUGUUCGUUCGCGACUUUGUUCCGGAUUGUCAAGACAACAUCAGGCGUUUAAUAGAUUACCAACGGUUUCUUUGAAUGGGCGAAAUGGCUUUUUCUCUUCAGCAGUCAAAUUUGCGCCGAAGCAACCUGCAGGAGGAGACAUAGCCCAAAAAAAGGAAACUGCUUCGGAAAAGGCAAGCCAGGCAAACCGGAGGAAAACAGCCGCAAACACAUCGCUUCGACGAGUUGCAGUAGAGGCACAGCGCUCAAGAGAUGGCAUUCUAUCGGGAAGCCAGCUCUCUGAGAAGGGAACCGGGCAAUCCAAGACGGUGACAGCGUACGCGGUUGCUGAGCGAUUCGACCUGUCUCGGGUUAGAGAUAUCCUACAAGAAAAAGGCUACGAACCCGAUCCUUUCAAUACUCAACUCUACCCACAAGUACUACAUGUCCAAGUUCCGCUUGAUUCCGUUCGUCGAAUGACAAACCCAAGUGUCGCAGACCUGCCUUCUGAUGAAGCAGGGGAUAUAUUCAUUUUCCCUUCUGGGACUGUUGUUGCGUGGUCACUUCCAGACAGCUUUACUUCGUAUUUCGCCUCGAGGACACUGCAGCCAGCAGCUGUUGGGCUGCAUACGGAUAACCCAGAGACCGAAAAUUUGGACUUUGUGGAGGACACAGAACGGGAAAACAGCUAUAUCAAAGGGGACACUAUUGUACUUGGCACGAAACAGAAUCCGGCCGACCCGCAGCCAACGUCAUUAAACCGGCAGAGUAUCGAGACGGUACUGACGAAAAUCGCAUUUUCAUCCGGGCUAGCGCGCAGCACGAAGCUUGCUGUUCUCGAGAGCCUUUUAUUUGACUAUUUUGAGUCGACUCGCGAUAUCCCGACGCUGCUUUCUCGCGGCUCACGGCUACCGUUCACCCGGGGUUUUAUUCUUCGAAAGACAGGGCAGCUGCUCAGCGUAAGAGCACAGCUGAACCUGUAUUCCGAGCUGACCGAUUCCCUGCCGGAUCUCUUUUGGGACAGCCGACACGACCUAGGUCUUGAGGGGUACUACGAACAAGUGGGCAGGGCCUUGGAUGUCGGCAUCCGCAUCAAGCUGCUGAAUGAAAAGAUGGAUUAUGCGCAGGAAAUCGCGAGUGUUCUCCGUGAGAGGCUGAGUGAGACCCACGGACUCCGCCUGGAGUGGAUUAUUAUUCUCCUCAUUGCUGUCGAAGUUGGGUUUGAGAUUCUGCGUCUUCUAUCAGAGCGCGACCUGACCAAAAAGGAGCAGGAGCAGGCACAGAGUGGAGAACAGACGCAGUGA